AUGAAGCACUCUACACGACCACCGACCAAUCACGGCUCUGGAUCCUUCCUUCUCGGGUUCGGAUUCGCCGACAGUUUGAGCGUCAAUGACAUUUCUGCGAUCAACUGGGGGGGGGGGGGGGGGGGGGGGGGGGGGUGGGGGGGUGGGGCGGGUGGGGGGGGGGGGGGGGGGGGACUUGUCUUACAUGCUAAGUUCCGGGUGUGGGUCCGAGCUGCAUUGAAGCAACCCCUCGCCCAUCCACACUAUCGGGGUCACUCUGACGACGAGGGCGACCUGUUUCCGUUAGAAAAAAUCCAUAAAUACAGCCCUAAAGAACUCUGA